AUGUUUGCUCAACAAUUAGUUUAUAUUGUUGGAAUAUUAAAUCUGGUUCUUGCCGGUGUUGCUAUUUUUUGUGUUGUACAAGCUGAAGAUCAUCCCGAACGCUUCUCACUGGUCUAUAUAGCUAUAAGUAUAUUUGCAUUUUAUAUGGGAACAAUCAUAGUUAUUAUUAUAUUACAAAUUAUUGAGACACUUGAAGAACAACGUGAAAAAAGUUCGUCAUCAUUAGAAAUUCAAAUGCCAACAUUAACAAAAGGAUUAUCACCUCAAUUAAAUUCAAAUAUUGACGAAACGAUUACAACAACAGCAACAGAAGAUGAUUUACGUCCGCUUCGAAGUCAAGCAUUAUCAUUGAUUUUAACUUGCGAUACAUCCUAUCAAACAUCAUCAUUAGUUUUAAAUAAUUCUAAAAAUACGACAAACGAAAUUAUUGUUACAUCAACUUGUUGA